GUCCUGACCGCGCCUCCUCCCCGGGCUCCUCCUCUUCCCGUCCUACUCUCAUCCGCGCCAGCCUCCGUGGCUAACCCAAACAUUCCGGGUUCCUGUCGCGGGCGCUUAGCUCAACCCUAGCCAGCGGCCCCGGGUCUUUUAUCCUGUUCUCCUACCCUUGUUGCCUUCCAUUCCCCACCCCACCCCAGGUUCCACUUACGCAGCUGCGGGCCCCCCCUGAGCCCUCGGCUGCGGCCAGAGCGAUGCUGCUGCUGGCGGCCGCCUUCAUCGUAGCGUUCGUGCUGCUGCUCUACAUGGUCUCUCCGCUCAUCAGCCCUAAGCCCCUCGCCCUGCCCGGGGCCCAUGUAGUGGUUACUGGAGGAUCCAGUGGCAUUGGGAAAAGCAUCGCAAUUGAGUGUUAUAAGCAAGGGGCAUUUAUAACUCUGGUUGCAAGAGAUGAGAACAAGUUGCUCCAGGCAAAGAAAGAAAUUGAAAAACAUUCUAUUAAUGAUAAACAGGUCGUGCUCUGCAUAUCAGUUGACGUAUCUCAAGACUAUGGACAAGUGGAGAAUGUCAUAAAACAAGCACAAGAAAAGCUGGGACCUGUCGAUAUGCUCGUAAACUGCGCAGGGUCAUCAGUUUCAGGAAAAUUUGAAGAUCUUGAAAUAAAUUAUUUUGAAAGAUUAAUGAAUAUAAAUUAUUUGGGCAGCGUAUACCCCAGCCGUGCAGUGAUUACCACCAUGAAAGAAAGGAGGAUGGGCAGGAUUGUCUUCGUGUCUUCCCAGGCAGGACAAUUAGGGCUGUAUGGUUAUACUGCGUACUCAGCGUCCAAGUUUGCUCUUAGAGGAUUGGCUGAAGCGCUGCAGAUGGAGGUGAAACCAUAUAACGUCUAUAUAACCAUUGCCUAUCCACCAGACACAGACACCCCAGGUUAUGCAGAAGAAAAUAAAACAAAGCCUUUAGAGACUCAACUUAUUUCAGAAUCUUCGUCGCUUUGCAAACCAGAACAGGUAGCAAAACAAAUUGUCAAAGAUGCCACACAAGGAAAUUUUAAUAGUUCCAUUGGCUCAGAUGGAUAUAUGCUGUCGUCACUGACCUGUGGCAUGUCACCAGUAACGUCUAUUACCGAAGGACUCCAGCAGAUAGUUACGAUGGGUCUCUUUCGCACCAUUGCUCUAUUCUACCUUGGAAGUUUCGAUGGCAUCAUCCGACGAUGUAUGAUCCAGAGGACAAAGACUAAAACGGUGGACAAAACGGCUUGAUCAUCCUUCCGAGAAGCAGAGAAUGGUUAUUCAACAAGCUGGACAGCUUGCUGCUAACUAGGAUCUGACUUGACUCUGGUGCAAGGGGGUUUGGAUAUACGGAGUUUGAACAGCUCUUUCUUCUUCGGGAACCUGGACGAAGGCAGGAAGACAAAAACACAAUUCCAGGAAAUAGUAAUACUAUGCAAAUAUGAGGAUGGAGACUUUUUGAUUCUCUGGGUUCCAAGGUAGAGAGAUGAUGGUAUGAGACACAAUGGACCGUAAGAAGUGAGAGAUAAUAGGACUUUGGAGUGGGUACUUGCUGGUAAUUCUGAAUAAUGACUUGUAUGUCUUUUCUCUUAUUCUUUCCUCUUGCCCCUACCCCGAUGGUGGUAGGGACCAAAAAUGGAUUACGUGGCACAUAAAGUCAAGAUUUUUUAAAAAAAUACGUUAGGUCUCAACCAUGUUUUAGAAUGGUUUUUAAAACUCAGCUUACUCAGUUCAUAACAAUUCUUCCCAUUGUUGAUAGGUUUAAACAUUGAUUUUUGUCACUGAUACCCUUUUACAGUAUCGCCAUCAUGCUUCCUUCUGCUCCUGGUGGAAAAAUGUUAGAUUGGCAGCAUUAUCUGUCAGAAAUCCCAAGUAGAAGCAAAUUGUGUUGUAUGACAGCAGCUAGGAACUGGGGGUGGAGGGAGGUGCUAUAGGGCAGAAUUUAAAAGACAAAUAUUUUCUAGAGAGAAUUUGUUGAAAAACAAAUUCCUCUCCAAGUUAAAAUGCUUGGAAAAUUUUUCUCUUUUGUCCUUUGGUGAAAAGGUAGUCUUCUAAAAUCAUUUUUGAAGAAAAAAUAAAAUUUUAGAAAUUUCAUUGUUUACAAUAUCUUAAAUAGCCAUAAUCUGAAAUUUAUACAUUCCAUUUUAUCCUAUCCAUUCCCUUCUUUCUUCAUUUUUACCUAAGAUAUUACUGUAAUAUUUACAUAAAAAAGAAAAACCAAAUUAUAUUUAAUGGGAGAAUUUGUAUCAGUUAAAAUGCAUGUAUCCUAGCUGGGUGACCUUGGGCAAGUCACUUAUUCCCCAAUUGCCUAGUAUCCCUCCUCUGCCUUGGAAAUGAAACCUAGAAUCAAUUCUAAGACAGAAGGAAAGAAUUUUUAAAAAAACAAAAACAUGUCAGAUUCUUCCAGUGGCAUAUACUUAGCUUUCAGGAAGGCUAAAGAUUGAAUAGGUAAAUUUUGUUCCUUAGGGUAACAUUCAUUGAUUGAGAUGAUAAGGCCCAUGAUUCGAGACACAACAGUUCAAAGCAGGCAAAACAGAAGAAUAAUGCCAUACUUUUCUAAAAAUUGAUUUGAGCAACCCACACUUUGCGAAGAGAGAGCCUUACCUUUGCACCAUAUGUUAAUGAUGCCUACAUAAACGACACUAGCAAUGCUUUUUUAAGCUGUUUUUUCUCCCUUGCUCCCAGGAAGGCUGUUUCCGAUGAGCAGGACCUUUGUUCAUUUAAUGGACUUCCAUAGUAAGUGCCUAUGAUGAGCUUUAGCAAACGCUGCUUGUUUCAUACCGGCCAUUACAAGUUCUCCUCGUUGGAGGGCUCUUGUCUGCAUUUCCAUUUUAAAGUCUUCUUCUAGGUGCAUUUGGACAGUGAGGCCAUUGCGAUUCACUUUUGUGGAAACAGGCCUCUUCUGGCAGUCACAUAGAAAGGGUUUUGUAAAAAAAAUUGUGUGUGUGUGUGUGUGUGUGUGUGUGUGUGUGUGUGUGUGUGCGUGUGUACACCCACACAGAUAUACAUAUGAACUUGUAGCAAAACUGGGGAGGGGCUAAGCAUAUUGUUCUUGAUUUUUGGAAUUUCUUGGUUUAAUUUUAAAAUAAAAUGAUGUGGAAUGCCUUCAAUUCCUGAUAGCUUGAUGUAGGUUGCUUGCAGUGACUUCAAAACAUUAGACAAGGCGAGUGUGAUGCUUCUUCAUCACGGUGAACCAUUUGGUAUGGAGGGUCCUCUAACGUUACUACCUUUAGACCAAGUGAAAUUGCACUUGGCAGCAGAUCUGCUGAGAUGAUAUUUCCCGGGAACUGUCAGGCUUCUUUGUUAUAUAUGUAUUCCUUGUAAUAUACAGCCAUACUGUUAAGAGGGUCUGACCUCCACCAAAGCACGAGAAUGUUGUAACGGCUCCAUCUCUAGUUUUCUCCUACCUGGCUCAGGGAGGUAGAAGACUCUUGUCUCAUUGGUCCACCUUUUUCUUCCAAAAGUUUCCUGAGCCAUAAUAUUUUGGUAGCAUCCCUCUGUUUAGGGCCCCCUUUCUUAAGAGACCGAUUUGAUGCCUUGCAAAUAGGGUAAAUUAUGUCUUUGGUAAAAGAUGCUCAGUUAUAAUUAUGCUGAAAAGCUGGUCUUUCUUCUCUAGUGAUCGACAAUAGUUUAUGACAAGAAUUUAAGUUCUGGAGUCCUUUGCCCUUGGGUGGUUUGUGUUGCAUUGUUUUAUUAUAAUAUAUGUAUAUUUAUUUUUUAAACUUUUAAUUGAAUUUAGUCUGAAAAGUUAUAUACAAGGUUUAAAGAACUAUUCACUUUGGAGAGAGAUAUGAAAUAAUCCUAAUUUUAAAAGGAAAAUUCCUAUUUUGUGGGAGGGGCAGUUUAACCAUUUGCACUGUUAAUAGAAGAAAAAAAGCUAAAAUAUUCUGUUGUUGCAAGCAUGGCAGGUUGUCAUCCUAAUGACACUUAUUCUUACAUGUUUACCACAGAUUCCUUCUUUGGAUAUCUUCAGUUUAUUACUGGCAAUUUCUGUAGAAGCCUUCCAAGAGGGUUUUUCAUAGGUUAGAUGGUGAAAAUAUUAUUUUGGUGAAAAUAUAAAGAAAGAAAAAGUAGAUAGUGCGUGCCUACCAGGCAAAAUGGAUACUAAAAUAUCCCCCCACACACACCCAUUCCCCACCAUUAUCUGAACCACAGAUUUAAUUAACUUGAUGCAUCAUGUUCUGAAUAAAACUUGGCUAUCCAUUUGUGACCAAGUUUCCAAAAUUUGUACUUUUUUGAUAGUCUAAUGCAUUAUAUCUUUCCCAUUUCUCAGUCAUUCCCAGGAGGCACUGCGUUUAAUGUAUACACUAAUCACCAUGUUAACUCCAACUGUCCUAAAUUUCCCUGCUCAUAAGUAUUGUGUGGGGCAGUAACAAUAGAUUUGAUAUUUUAUUAAGUCUAAAAAAAGAAGGAACUAGCUAGUCAUAUUUUUCUUGAUGUGAAAAUUCUUUUAAACCGAUAAGAGUGUACGUACAUGAUAAUUUUGAUACAUACCAGACCUUGGGCUUGCUGCUUCAUGAGCAUUUGUGCCAGAACUGUAAACUAAUUUUCAUAUCUUGUAUUUCUCAGAAACAAAAAAUAAAUGGGGAAUGAGGUUUACAGAA